GGGAUGGCUGAGAAAUUAGACCAAUAAAUAACUCCGUGUGUAGGCCUACUUUGUGAAAUCAUACAUUCUUGCAUGUCCAUUUGAUUUUUAAGAUGCCUCAAAAACAAGAUGUGCAUUGUUGAAGUUGGGGCCCAGGGUAGAAUCACAGACGCUUUUGUUCGGGGCUCCCCGCUCCUGCGAUGGCCUGCUGUCGAUCAAGAUGCAAGAGUCCGCCCCCAUCGGCCCUUUCACUGCUGCAGCUGGCUGCCUCUCGCUGCUUACCGUAUGCUCUCACUGCAAUCUGUGCUGGAGAGGCCGAACGAGCUGCAGCUUCAGUAUUAAACCCAGCCUACAACCGUUUAUGACGCUCGCCAUCAAAGAACACGAACAACACGAGGUAAGUAUACGCGUAAGAUUUAAAUACAAUCUAUAUUAUGUAGUCGCACCGCUUAAUAUGAUCUCGAUCCGCGAUUGUUAAACGCGCGGUCUAUUUCGAAAAGCGGCAUGUUUGCGGAAGUGACCGUGUGGUCCAUGUUUAGCCGCCCGUUAUUUGCCUUUACAUGUCAUGUGUGUAUCCAAAAUAUGUUUCACUCUCACGUGCAUUUUGUCGACACGGUAAGCGUUUGGAAAAGUUGAAGACGCUGUUUGGGUUGCCCGUAAACAAGGCGAAGUUGACUAGCCAGCGGACCCGUUUGAAAAAUCAAAAUGGCUUCCAUCUUUGUCGUCUCGGCAGAGAGGUUUAUACCUUUGUUUCCCCGUCUCGCAUGUCAGGGAGUCUUGCUGGGAUGUCACCCAUGCUUCAGGCUAAACAUGUUCUCCAAGGGCACCAAGCGUAAGUUUUCCGAUGGUGAUGAAGAGAUAUCCGACGAAAGCCUGGUAGGUGCCAGGGUGGCAUCUUCGUACAGCUUGCAACGGCAGUCGCUGCUGGACAUGUCCCUCAUUAAGCUGCAGUUAUGCCACAUGCUGGUGGAGCCCAACCUCUGCCGCUCGGUUCUCAUUGCCAACACGGUUAGGCAGAUUCAGGAGGAGAUGACCCAUGAUGGCAGCUGGCAUAUGGUCACUGAAGCGUUCUGCAGUGCAGGCCAAAGUCCCUCUGAGCGCUUGGUGGCCACUGAGGUCCUUUGCAGGUCACGAGAGCAGGAUGCAGAACCUAAGCUCUUCUCUGUCAUCAGCUACGAAGGUUGCCGUGAAGAGGAGGUGGUAGCUGAUGAGACGCUGUGCUCCGUUUCAGUUAGCGAUACUGUCUCUAAUGUGUGCCUGGCAGGGCGUGUGGGCCAGUGCUGGGAGAAGAGUGAGCUCAGUGGUGUAGAGAGGGAUGAAGAGGCCCUUGAAGACUCUAGACUUGAUUCAGGAGAAGAUGAGGAGAUAGACACCGAGGAUGGGGCUUCUACAGAGAGUCCAAAGACCACUGGACAAGUUUUUGGGACAUUUGAAAUAAAAAACGGUUCCCCAGUUAAUAUCUCACAUUGCCUUCAAUAUAACUAA